AUGCCAAAGAACCUCCACCAACGUGAUCACAGAACUUCAAGCCAGGUCAACAACUUCAAGGCACCUGACCUGUCACAUACGAUCAAUACUUUCCCCGUCUCCAAGAAUCGUCCCAUAUGCCGAAAAUGGCCUUCAAUCUUGCGGAUCAUUCUGAGACAUAUUAAUCGCACGGAAGUAUGCGUGAUUACGUGCGUGCAGCGAGGAGAAAGUGCCAGUUUCAUUGGCAGUGCAACCACGGGGCUUGUGAUGUACAAUUCAGAGAAACCCCCGCGCCAUACGAAAAGCUCAAUUGACAAUAUUCUCAAGCUUCUCCACAGCAAUAACUUGCAGGAAGUUGCAGUGGAAUUUAUACGGGGAGACUUUGCCCGGGGCGUGGCUGGCUUGAGUGGAAGAGAGCUAGAUCGUCGAGCUGUGCAAAUGCCAUCUUUACUUGGCCAAAGCUUAGCACUCAAGGAUGCUAACAAUCCCGGCACAUUGGGUGGCUUUCUGGAACUUAAGAUGCCCGGAGAAACAGUGUACAAGACAGUGGGACUGACCUGUUUUCAUUGUAUCAAUCCCAGCGAGAAAGGUCUGGACCCUCAAUUCCUCAAGAGAAUGCGGGCAUGGCACAAGCAAGGAAUCACACCCACUGAUAGUAUGAGGAAUCGAUUACAGGUCGAGCACCCUAGCUCUAUGGCCAUUGAGAACAAAGUUGAAUCACUGAAAGAUGAGAUCCACGAAAUUGAAGGGAAUGAAGAAUAUAUCCGACUUUCCGGGUGGGUGAGUGAAGGGCUACAGGAUGAACUAGGUCACCAGGCAAAAUGCACUUUCUCUAGCCUUACCAAUAUCCUCUCAGAGCUGAAGGGGUUCCUUAGAGAUAUCGACAGGUUCCAAACGGCACGGCGCGCAUCUUUUGGCCCUGUAUAUGCAGCCUCUGGCUUCAGGACAGGUUCAUACAACGGGAAAGCAUCAACUCUGGACUGGGCUCUCAUCGAAGUUCCCCCUGACCGGGUGGGAGAAAACAUAACGCCCGACGGUCAUUAUUUGAAAGAUUCCCCUAUUACUACAAAGCUUGACGACAUACCGCUGUUUAUUCACGGUCAGCGGUCGGGGUAUUCUAAAGGGAUAAAACAACCCAUUGAGGCUGCCCAUCUUGCGCAUGAAAUCGAAGAUGGACAGCCCAUAAAGCCCGAGACUUUUGAGCAUUCCGUUUUCUUUCAACAUGGGUUUCACUUUUCCGAAGGUGGUGGCUCAGGUGUACUUGUGUUCACACAAUCCCAUGUCGUCGUCGGCAUCUUGAUCGGGGGUGUGAUCUCUGACACCGGCUCAGCGCCCAAAUUCUCGUUUUUCACGCCCAUUGAAAACAUCAUUGAAGACAUCAAGAAGAUCGCCAAAGCCACUGAUGUUCGGUUCAAGAUGAAUCGGCCAUGA